AUUUACUCCGCCAGAAACAAAUAUUAAAAACCAGUAAAAAGCGCCAAACUAUUUACGGAGGAAGGAAAAGAAAGGAAAGGAAAAAAGAACAGAAAAGAAGGGGAGAGGAAAGAAAGUAAGGAAAAAGAGCAAGGAUAAUGAGAAUAGAAAGGAAAGAAGAGGAAUAGAAAAUCUGUUGAAAAUAAUUACUACUUUGUACGUCCAUGGAAAUGCAAGAUCCGCAAUACAAACACAACCUUAAGGCCAAUUCCAAUUUCGAUCCAAAUCCUCAAAAUGCAGAUCUUAAAAAUCCACUCUCCAAUGCUCCUCCAUCGUCGUCAAUGUUUAGUGUUCGGCCUGGGCCCCACCACCGGAGGGCCCAUUCCGAGAUGAGCUUCCGCUUGCCGGAGGACAUGACCAUGAUGAUGAUGGAUCUGUCUCCUUCUUAUCCGAUCAAAGGCGGUGGUGCAGGUGGAGGAGGAGGAGGAGGUGGUGGUGGUGGUGGUGGUGGUGGAGGCUGUGGAGGAUCUUCCGCCGGUAGUUUUGAAGAGAUCGGAUCGGAGGACGAUCUCUUUUCUACCUACAUUGACGUUGAUAAGCUUACCGGAGGAGGAAACAUAGACGGACGCAAUUCUACGGAUCAGAGUAAUAACAACCAAGGUGAAGGAGAUAAAGGAGCUCCCACUUCCACGACGAUGCCGAAGCACAGGCACAGCAACUCUGUCGAUGGCAGUGCGUACGGAGAGGUAAUGGAGGCUAAGAAAGCUAUGCCUCCUGAUAAGUUGGCUGAGCUCUGGACUAUUGAUCCUAAAAGAGCCAAAAGGAUACUUGCUAAUCGGCAGUCUGCUGCUCGCUCUAAAGAGAGAAAGGCACGAUAUAUACUAGAACUUGAGCGCAAAGUUCAGACCCUUCAAACAGAAGCCACCACUCUUUCUGCUCAACUCACCUUGUACCAGAGAGACACUACAGGGCUGAGUACAGAAAACACAGAGCUUAAGCUUCGGUUACAAGCUAUGGAGCAACAGGCUCAGUUGCGUGAUGCUCUGAAUGAGGCUCUGAAGAAAGAAGUUGAGAGGCUCAAGAUUGCCACUGGGGAAACAAUGAGCCCCUCUGAGUCAUUCAACUUGGGAAUGCAUCAAAUACCAUAUGCCCCAGCAAACUAUUUCCCACUUCCACAACAACCAGGACCUGCCAGUCAUCCAAACAUGCAGUUGCCACCAUUUUCACAUUCUCAACAUAAUAUGCCAGCUCACCAUCUUCAUCAAACACAUUCCCAUGCAGUCUCGGAAAUUAUGAAAAAUGAUCCACUUGGCCGAUUACAGGGGCUUGAUAUCAGUAGCAAAGGACCAAAUAUUGUAAAAUCAGAAGGCCCCUCGCUUUCUGCAAGUGAAAGUAGCUCCACAUUUUGACAUAAACUGGCUACUGACUAGCUGACUUUCCAUGGCAUGUGUGUUAAUAGACUGACAUCCAGUUACUUAGAGAAGGCGUUCUAUUUAGUUCCAUUAUUCGUUCCAUUCAUGUUGUGGGAAUCAAUUAUUAAUUGUUUAUUCUUAGGGUUAUCCCAGAAAAAGGGAAACACCCAGGUUUUGAUGCAGCUUGUAUGAGUUCUUUGCGUAACGUGGAAUUUUGUUUAUCAAUGGUGAAUUCAGGGGAGGACCUAUGGGAGUGAAAGGUCAUUCCCAUUAGGUGUAAGAUGUUUUAUGACGGUGGUGUCAAAUUCAUUUGUAUCUCAUUUUCAUUUGAUUCUGUGUGAA